AUGGCAUUCUACUUUUCAGUUUUUGGGGUCUUCUUGUGGCUCUUGAUCACCGUGCAUCAAGCUUCUGCACAAACAUGUUGGAGAGACGCGCCAUGCAGUGAUAUCUCGAGUGCUGCAUUUCCUGGUGUGUGGGAUAACAAUAUAUUUGCACCCUCGUCCAGGACUGUGCGACCUGCGGCCUUCCUUGAUGGUUCAGGAACCAGACGAUUAACGGCGCCGCUUGACGCGUUGAGCCUGGACGUCAGCCAGCCUGCUGUGGUUGUUGAUUUUGGUGUGGAGGUAGGGGGAAUCGUCACUCUCAAUUACACAGUGAUAUCCCUAGAAGGGGUCAACGCCGUGGGACUGGCAUUUACUGAGGCCAAAGACUUUAUAGGCUCCAACUCAGACAGCACGACGGGGAAUUAUGCCAAGCCUGAUGGGGCCAUAUACGCGGAUUUUUCUCAGACGGGUGAUUUUACAUAUGUUAUGCCUGACAGAAACCUCCGUGGUGGCUUUCGUUACAUGACACUGUUCCUUCAGCCUGGCAGCGUUUCCCUAAAUAUCAAUAGUAUUUCUCUCGAAAUCGCUUUCCAACCGACGUGGUCGAACCUUCGAGCAUAUCAAGGUUACUUUCACAGCAACGAUGAGCUGCUAAAUUCCAUUUGGUACAGUGGAGCGUAUACCCUACAGACAGACGCAGUCCCUCCAUCCACUGGAAGAGUAUGGCCUGCACCCGAGACAGCAUGGCAGAAUGAUGCCCACCUAGGACCAGGGAACACCAUUCUCACCGAUGGUGCAAAGAGGGACAGAACUGUUUGGCCCGGAGAUUUGGGCGUUGCAGUCCCUGCCUCGUUCUAUAGCACCGGCGACUUGGAAAGCACAAGGAAUGGCUUGCAGUCUUUGUACGACUAUCAGGACGAGACUACCGGCGAGCUUCCGUUUUCCGGUGUUCCCCUCUCCGCAACGCACUGCGUUUCAUAUCAUAUGUGGACAAUGAUAGGCACAUAUAAUUAUGUAUUUUAUUCAGACGAUAUCGAAUUCCUCACAAGUAAUUGGGAGAAGUAUAAACUGGGCAUGUCGUAUGCUUUCAGCCAGAUUGACCCUACAACUGGUCUCAUCAAUAGCGACAACUUUCUGAACGACUGGGGUCGACUGAACGCUAACGGCACCCUGACCUCACUACAGGCUAUCUUCUAUCGAACCCUUGUUACAGGCGUACAACUAGCUGACUGGGUAGGUGAUAAGACUGGUGUUGGAGCGCAAUGGCUCCAACAGGCGGAAGGGCUUCAAUCUCGGACAAACGACAUCAACUGGGACAGCUCUGUGGGUGCAUUCUUCGACACGACUGACCGACCAGACAUCCAUCCACAAGAUGGCAACUCACUGGCAGUUUACUUUGGCAUAGUCAACACAUCAUCCGACGCGGCUAGUAAUAUCUCCGACUACCUCACACAUAACUGGACACCUAUCGGAGCCGAAUGCGAAGAGUUGCCAGGCGAGAUCUCACCCUUCAUCUCGUCCUUCGAGAUCCAGGCUCACCUUUUGACCGGCAAUACUCAGCGCGCCCUGGACCUGAUCCGCAACUCGUGGGGGUGGUAUCUCAACCAUCCGAACGGCACCCAGAGCACGAUGAUCGAAGGGUACCUGGUCAAUGGGACCUGGGGUUACCGCUGGGAUGCCGGGUAUCAGAAUGACUUCUCGUAUACCUCUCAUUCGCACGGCUGGGCCACAGGCCCCGUUACUGCUUUGACAGAACACAUUCUAGGUCUAAGUAUCACUGGCCGUGCUGGUAGCACUUGGAGGCUGGCGCCGCAGAUCGGUGACUUGACGCAUGUGGAAGGUGGGUUCACCACUAAGCUGGGCAAGUUUAGCGCGAGUUGGACGAGGACAGAUGAUGGAACUAUCGAGCUGGAAUACGAUGUCCCGGAGGGCACAGAGGGCGAUGUGGUUAUGCAGAUCGAUAGUGUUGCUGUCAAGGUUGUAGGGAAUGGGACAACCAUGAAGAGGGGAGCAUUUGAGGUUGUGGAGGGAAGAGAUGGAGGCCAAGCGAUUAUUAUCAGGAGUCAAGGGGGCAAGCACAAUUUCGCGUUUCAUUGA